GCAAACAAUGCCGAUAAUACCGUCGGUGUUCUUCUCAACACAGGCAGCGGCACUUUUAAUGCUCAAACUACUUACGCAGUUGGCACUAACCCAGUAUCAGUGGCAGUCAUCGACGUAAAUAGCGACAAUAAAUCUGAUAUUAUCGUUGCAAACUAUGGUUCGAGCACCGUCGGUGUUCUUCUCAACAAAGGCAACGGUAUCUUUAACGCUCAAACUACUUACCCAAUUGCUGGUGGCCCUCAAGCCGUAGCAGUCGUCGACGUGAAUAGCGACAAUAAACCCGAUAUUGUUGUUGUAAACUAUGGUACGAAUGCCGUCGGUGUUCUUCUCAACGCAGGCAACGGCACCUUUGGUGCUCAGACUACUUACCCAGUUGGCACUAAACCAACAUCAGUAGCAGUCGUUGACGUAAAUAGCGAUGACAAACCUGACAUUGUUGUUGCCAACUCUGGUCUGAGCACCGUCGGUGUCCUUCUCAACACAGGCAACGGCACCUUUGGUGCUCAGACUACUUACUCAGUUGGUAGCACCCCAUAUUCAGUAGCAGUCGUCGAUGCGAAUAGCGACAAUAAACCUGAUAUUAUUGUUGCAAACGUUGGUUCGAACAAUGUCGGUGUUCUCUUACAUUGCUAA